AGAUAAAUCUGAUGCGGUAUUUGAUAUUACAGAAAAAUGUGGUGAAAUUCUGGAUGCAGAAAUGUCUGAGGACACUGACCACAACUUAACACCUGCCCUCGACAGCAUAUCUUACAGAAUACAGAAUCGAACAGGAUCUGAAAACUCACUGCUGGAUGACGACGAUGAUGAUUAUUUUCUGAACUCUGGGGAUCUUGCAGGCAUACCUGUUGUUGGGAGCGACAACGAAGAUGAUCAAAAUUUCAAAACUCUUUCUUCUGUGUUUCAUGAUGAAGACCAUCUGGAAGAGGGCAAGAGAGUUACAGAACAUGAAUUGGACAGUGAAAAAGAAAUUCAGAUUCAGAAUGCAAUCCAAAAGGAUCUCACUUCACCAUUUGAGCAGGGCCCUGUAUUUAAAUCAAUUCGAAAAGAUUUUAGCAUAACAAGAGAUAAUGGCAAAGAGACUUUUUCAGCAAAGGACAAGAAUAGAGAAGGACAUUUUCAAGAACGUGAAAAACGGUUGGAAAAAAUCCCUAAAGAUAUGGAUUCUAGAUUGAAAAGCAGUUUUCUUGACAAAGCAGUUCAUAAUCAAGUAGAAGAAACAUUACGGACGCAGUUAGCGCCACAAACUCCAGAAACUAACUUCAGGGAGUCUAGCUACCUAUUUUCUAGUAAGGAAUCUAUUGGACAAGAGCUGGGGAAUUCCUUUGCACCAAAUAUUAGAAUUAAGGAGGAGCCUUUGGAUGACGAAUAUGAUAAAGCUAUGGCCCCACAGCAGGGACUAUUAGACAAAAUUAAAGAUGAACCUGAUAAUUCCGAGGAGUACGGCCAACAGCCAAAAACUCAGGAAGGGGAGCUGAAAAUCAGUGCUGUAUUUUCAGUCAGUGGCAGUCCUCUUGCUCCACAGCUGUCAUCAGGUUUCCAGCCUGCUGUGGCAUCCUCUGGCAUGAGUAAAAUGCUUCCUUCAGUUCCAACCACAGCUGUUCGGGUUUCCUGUUCUGGCUGUAAAAAAAUCCUGCAGAAGGGGCAAACUGCGUACCAGAGGAAAGGCUCUACCCAGCUCUUCUGCUCCACACUGUGCCUCACUGGAUACACUGUUCCAGCUUCUCGCCCACCAGCUUCUACCAAGAAAACCUGCUCAAGCUGCUCAAAAGACAUUCUAAAUCCAAAGGAUGUAAUCACUGCCCAGUUUGACAAUACAAACUCCAGUAAGGAUUUCUGCAGCCAGUCAUGUCUUUCUACGUAUGAACUGAAAAGGAAACCUGUUGUUACUAUUCAUGCUAACAGCGUUUCAACCAAGUGCAGCAUGUGCCAGAAGAAUGCAGUGAUUAGACAUGAAGUGAAUUACCAGAAUGUUGUACACAAGCUCUGCAGCGAUGCCUGCUUCUCCAAGUUCCGCUCUGCUAACAACUUGACCAUGAACUGCUGUGAGAAUUGUGGAGGAUACUGCUACAGUGGCUCUGGCCAAUGUCACAUGCUUCAAAUAGAGGGACAGUCAAAAAAGUUCUGCAGUUCAACAUGUGUGACAGCAUACAAGCAGAAGUCAGCUAAAAUUACACCUUGCGCACUGUGUAAAUCUUUGAGAUCUUCAGCCGAGAUGAUAGAGAGCACAAAUAACUUGGGAAAAACUGAACUGUUUUGCUCUGUUAACUGCUUGUCAGCAUAUAGAGUGAAAAUGGUUACUUCUGCAGGUGUUCAAGUUCAGUGCAACAGCUGUAAAACUUCAGCAAACCCUCAGUAUCACUUGGCUAUGUCAGAUGGGAGCAUACGCAAUUUUUGCAGCUACAGUUGUGUAGUAGCUUUUCAGAAUUUGUUCAACAAGCCUACAGGAAUGAACUCCUCAGUGGUACCUCUGUCGCAAGGUCAAGUCAUUGUAAGCAUUCCCUCAGGGGCAACGGUAUCGGCAGGUGGCACCACCUCGACUGUGUCCCCCAGCUCCAUGAGCAGUUCAGCUGCAGCUGGUCUACAGAGGCUGGCUGCCCAGUCCCAGCAAGUCACUUUUGCCCGCCCUGUUGUAAAACUCAGGUGUCAGCACUGUAACAGAUUGUUUGCAACCAAACCAGAACUGCUUGACUACAAGGGUAAAAUGUUCCAGUUUUGUGGGAAGACCUGCUGUGAUGAAUAUAAGAAGAGGAGCAGUGUGAUGGCAAUGUGUGAAUACUGCAAAAUUGAGAAAAUUAUCAAGGAGACAGUGCGAUUCUCAGGCAUAGAUAAGCCAUUCUGUAGUGAAGGUUGUAAACUGCUCUAUAAACAUGACUUGGCUAAGCGCUGGGGAAACCACUGUAAAAUGUGCAGUUACUGUUUACAGGCUUCCCCCAAACUGGUCCAGAAUCACUUUGGGGGGAAAAUGGAGGAAUUUUGCUCAGAGGAGUGCAUGUCUAAAUUCACAGUUUUGUUUUACCAGAUGGCAAAGUGUGAUGGUUGUAAGAGACAAGGUAAACUCAGUGAGUCCAUGAAAUGGCAAGGGGAGAUCAAGCAUUUUUGCAAUCUGCUUUGUAUUCUGUUGUUCUGUAAUCAGCAAAAUGUUUCUGACCCUCCACCCCCAAACAACACAGCAAACCUUUCUAUGGCACCAGCUUCCUCAUCAGGCCCUCCUUCUUUGAGAAAGGACUCAACCCCUGUCAUAGCAAAUGUGGUGUCCCUUGCAAGCACCCCUGCAGCCCAGCCUACAGUUAACUCCAACAAUGUUUUACAGGGUGCAGUCCCUACUGUGACAGCAAAAAUAAUAGGAGAUGCUAGUACUCAGACAGAUGCCCUAAAGCUACCACCAUCACAACCACCUAGGCUUCUAAAAAACAAAGCAUUAUUGUGCAAGCCGAUCACACAGACUAAGGCCACCUCAUGCAAACCUCACACACAAAACAAAGAAUGCCAGACAGAAGAAGAAGAAGAAGAAGUUCAACCCCAGAUCAUUGUGGUACCUGUUCCUGUACCAGUGUUUGUGCCAGUGCCCCUUCACCUCUACACUCAGUACACACCAGUUCCACUUGGGAUGCCAGUACCUGUACCAGUUCCCAUGCUCUUCCCGACUACCCUGGAUAAUGCUGAUAAGAUCAUUGAAACUAUUCAGGAUAUCAAGGAAAAGAUUCCCACAAAUCCAUUUGAAGCUGAUCUCCUUCAGAUGGCAGAAAUGAUUGCAGAAGAUGAGGAGAAAGAAAAAACACACUCUCAUGGUGGAUCUCAAACAUCUGAGCAUGAGCUCUUCCUGGACCCCAAGAUAUUUGAGAAAGACCAAGGUAGCACUUAUAGUGGAGAUCUAGAAUCUGAAGCAGUGUCCACUCCACACAGCUGGGAGGAUGAGUUAAAUCACUAUGCCUUACGAUCAAAUGCCCUGCCAGAACCAGAUCCAGAACUGAAGCAGUUCUCCAAAGGUGACGUGGAACAGGACCUGGAGGCAGAUUUUCCAUCAGACUCAUUUGACCCUCUCAGUAAAGGACUGGGUUUGCACUCACGUUCACGAGCAAGACGGAGACAUAGAGAUGGCUUCCCACAGCCAAAAAGACGGGGACGGAAGAAGUCUGUAGUUUCUGUAGAGCCCCGGAAUCUGAUGCAGGGCUCCUACCCAGGAUGCUCUGUUUCUGGGAUGACCCUAAAGUAUAUGUAUGGGGUAAAUGCCUGGAAAAACUGGGUCCAAUGGAAAAACGCACAGGAGGAACAAGGGGACCUGAAGUUUUCAGUUCGUCCUGUGAAACUCAAGGAGGACAUUCUCUCAUGCACUUUUGCUGAGCUGAGUUUUGGCUUGUGCCAGUUUAUUCAAGAGGUGCGGAGACCAAAUGGAGAAAAAUAUGAUCCUGACAGCAUCUUAUACUUGUGCCUUGGAAUUCAGCAGUACCUGUUUGAGAAUGGUAGAAUAGAUAACAUUUUUACCGAGCCCUAUUCCAGGUUUAUGAUUGAACUUACAAAACUUUUGAAAAUCUGGGAACCUACAAUUCUUCCAAAUGGUUAUAUGUUCUCAAGAAUUGAAGAGGAACACUUGUGGGAAUGUAAACAGCUGGGUGCAUAUUCCCCUAUCGUUUUAUUGAACACACUUCUGUUCUUCAACACCAAAUACUUCCAACUAAAGAAUGUCAGUGAGCACCUGAAACUAUCCUUUGCCCAUGUUAUGAGACGCACCCGAACUCUGAAGUAUAAUACUAAGAUGACAUAUUUACGUUUUUUCCCACCCUUUCAAAAACAAGAGGCAGAAUCAGAUAAAUUAUCUGUAGGCAAAAGGAAACGCAGUGAAGAUGAAGAGAUUCCAACAGCAGUGGAAAUGGCUGAAAAUACAGAUAAUCCCCUGCGAUGUCCAGUCCGACUUUAUGAAUUUUACUUAUCAAAAUGUUCUGAAAGCGUGAAGCAGAGAAGUGAUGUAUUUUACCUUCAACCUGAGCGCUCCUGUGUACCCAAUAGCCCCAUGUGGUAUUCCACAUUGCCAAUAGACCCAGGAACCUUGGACAUCAUGUUAACACGUAUUCUUAUGGUGAGGGAGGUACACGAAGAACUUGCCAAAGUCAAAUCAGAGGACUCUGAUAUUGAGUUAUCAGACUAACUGAAGUGGGGUAUUUUCCUUUGAAUACACAUCAGAAGCACCAAACUGUGAAUACGUCCAGCCUUUGGAAAAUGUGUAUCAAAUAAGCCAAGAUAAUGUCACCUACAGGCAUAUUUUGAACCACAGUGGAUGUACAAACUGGAACUGGAAGGAAGCAAGCUGUGUAAGCUGCAAGAAACAACAUCCUGUGGCACCGAUAAAUCCUCUGAACAAAUUCAAGAUGAACUAACCCAUUUGAGUGGUGCAUAAAUCCUUUAUCUGUUUAGGAUUU